ACAAGAUACGCAAUUAAUGAAGAUAUCAAUUUGCUUUUCCUCAAAAUCAUCCACAAAGCAACGGUAAAGUGAAAUUUUACCUCUCUCUUCACUUUAUUUAAAGUAAAUAAAUAUCAUUAAAGAAAAAUUAAAAUAUUACCCGAAUAAAUAUCUGGCACUUUUGAAUUUUCCAUUAUAAUUCUUCCAUUUAUUGCUCCAAAAAAGUAUUUCCUUCCAAAUUAACCGCAUUCAUUAAAAAUAAAAAUAAAUAAAAAAAUCGUCGGCACCAAUCUCCCUCUGGUUAAAAUUCAAUUCCACCACCAAUAAACAGAUCAAAUAUAUAAGAAAUAAAUAAUAAAACCCCACGUUGUCGUCUGUCGGCGAUCAUCUAUCUUCUGUAAGAACCAUUACUUCUCCUUCUUCAUUCAUUCAGACCAAGCAAAAAUUUCUUGAAAAAAGUUCAGUUAUGUUUACAGCAAACUCGCCGGAGAAGAAACCAACAAAAACAAUCAACUUUUUACAGACCCGAAUUUGUUUCUUCCUCUUCGUAAUUUUCUUCCUUAUUCAAAUUAUCGUAAUUUUCGUAUCCCGAAGUUCACGCCUCUGUUUACCAACCGUCCGUACAUCCGCCGUCGCCGGAGAAGAAGAAUGCCCCUCUGGCAAAGUGUACGUCUACGACCUCCCUUCCACUCUCAACGAAGAUUUGCUACUCCAUAACUGCACCGACUUAAACCCAUGGAACUGGCAAUGCGGAAUCGGAACCAACCACGGCUACGGCGCACGCGCCGCCGAGCUCCGCCGCAUCCUGCCGGAGAAUCUUGCAGAAUCAUGGUAUCGAACGAAUCAGUUCAGCUUGGAGCUAAUUUUCCACCACCGUAUGCUGAACCACAAGUGCCGGACGCCGGAGCCUGAAUCGGCGGCGGCGUUCUACAUCCCGUUCUACGCCGGACUCGCCGUCGGAAAGUACUUAUGGACGAACGACACCUCCGUACGCGACCGCCUCUGCGAGAAGAUGCUGCAGUGGGUCCAGAAACAGAAUCACUGGCGGAAAUCCAACGGCUCGGAUCAUUUCACCACGAUCGGAAGAAUCACGUGGGAUUUCCGGCGACUAACCGACCCGGGUAAAAUAUGGGGCUCCACUUUCCUCAACAUGCCAGAGAUGCGUGGUGUCACGCGCUUCAUCAUAGAGAAAGCUCCCUCAGACGACCGCGACGUCAGUGUACCCUACCCCACCGGAUUCCACCCCAGCUCCACAGAAACUCUCAACCAAUGGCAGGACUUCGCGCGUGGCUACAAUCGCUCUAGCCUCUUCACCUUCAUAGGCGCGACACGUGGCUGGGUUGAUAAUGAUUUUCGAGGACUGCUGGUUAAGUACUGCUACAGCGAACCGGGUUCGUGCCGAGUCGUUGACUGCUCGGUGACUCAGUGCUCGACCGACUCGUCGGUGAUUCUGGAGACGCUUUUGGGGUCGGAGUUUUGCCUGCAGCCGAGGGGUGAUAGCUUCACGCGCCGGUCGGUUUUCGACUGCAUGGUGGCCGGUUCGGUUCCGGUUUUUUUCUGGGAGAGGACCGCUUACGACCAGUACCAGUGGUUCUUGCCGAUCGAACCGGAGAGUUACUCGGUUUUUAUAGACCAUGAGAAAGUGAGGAAUGGGAGCUGUACGAUAAAGGAGGUAUUGAUGACGUAUAGCAAAGAGGAGAUUAGGAGGAAGAGAGAGAAAGUGAUUGAGAUUAUUCCGAGGUUAAUUUAUGGAUUGUCUAAUGGUGGAUUAGGGGAUUUUAAUGAUGCUUUUGAUGUUGCUUUUCAUGGUGUUUUAAGUAGGAUUAAGGAAGAAAAAUUAGUGGUUUGAUUUAAUUAUAUUACAAGAAAUGAAUUUUUUGUUAUUCAUUUCAAUUUGGGUAACUGCACCCACCUCCUAUUACUAGUAUCAAUGUGUCAUAUAUACUUCUAUGUAAUAGAAAAUGCGACAAAAUGGCCCCUUAUUUUAGCGGGCAAC